AUGAUUAAUGAUAAUCAUGUCUCAAACCGGAAGGCCAACCCGGAUACAAUGGCUUCAGCCCGUCCCGCAGCAGAGCCCCCAGCUUUGCGCCGCUCCGACUCGGACCUGAAGAAGGAUGCACGAUUGAUCGCCGCCGCGGCGCAUGCUGCGGUGCCUAGCUGGGCGAACAUGGUCCUGAUAUCCUCGCUCAUUCUGGGCGGGUGCUGUGCAAACGUAUUCGCCCUCGAGGCCAUCAUCAAAGAGCAAGCCACGGCUGGCCCAUUGAUCACCUUCGCGCAAUUCGUUAUAUGCGCUGUGUUCACCCUACCAAAUUUCCUCUCCCUCUCUGCAGGCCCAAGCGCUUUCUUCCUCAGCCCAAGAGCUAUUCCGCUACGGUCAUGGAUGAUAUAUACUGCGUUCUUCGUAACCGUGAACCUGUUAAAUAAUUGGGCUUUCGCAUAUAAGAUCUCGGUACCGCUUCACAUCAUCCUACGCUCCGCUGGGCCUGUGGCAUCUAUGAUAAUUGGGUAUAUCUUCAAUGGCCGGAAAUAUUCGCAAGGGCAAAUACUCUCGGUAGCCAUGCUAACAAUUGGCGUUGUUGCUGCUGCGAUAGCCGAUGCGCAGACGAAGGGCCAUUCUGUCCAGGUCACGUCAGAGUCGGCGAUGAUAACAACCGCGAUAGGGUUUACUAUUCUGGCGCUGGCCAUGAUACUCUCGGCUUUCCAAGGAAUCUAUGCGGAUCGAUUGUAUGCGACGUAUGGCCGAGAUCAUUGGAAAGAGGCCUUGUUCUACUCACAUGCCCUGUCGCUUCCUCUAUUUGUGACGAGCUACCCUCAGCUUUCCGCGCAGUGGCGAACUAUUGUCUCAUCACCGUCUCUGCUGACCAAAAUUCCUCAUACCGUCACUUCUUCCGAGACCGUCCUAUCAAUGGUCACGGCCGGCAUUCAAAACCAUAGGCCUACACAAGCAUUCCUUGGCCAGCUUCCGGUCCAGGUAGCGUACUUGGUCAUGAAUGCACUUACCCAGUACUUAUGCAUUCGAGGCGUUCAUUUGCUGUCAGCCAAGUCCUCAUCGCUGACUGUAACUGUGGUUUUGAACGUCCGCAAAUUGGUCUCCCUUUUGUUGUCGAUCUAUUUGUUUGGAAAUCAUCUGGCGAAUGGCGUCUUGAUUGGAGCUGCGCUAGUCUUCAUCGGUGGUGGCCUGUAUGGAUUUGAAGGCGCCCGCUUAAGAAACAAGGCCAUUAGAAAUGAUCAACCGACAGGAGGCGUGGGAAAACCCGCUCUUAAACAACAAUAA